GUCAGCCCUUUCUGCCAUGGAUUCACUUAUUUCAUCUCGUCUGAACCUAACCGCACAACAGCGACAGGUGGCUAAACCUCCUUUCCCACUGGCUAGGAUCAGUGCUCCCUCUUCGCAGCGCUCCCUCUUCGCAGUGCUCCCUCGAGCUGGGUUUCUGGUUACACUAAUCCUCCCCUCUCUACAUGGCGGACUCGAAUAGCCAUGGCCGUCCGCUCUGUAGCUUCAGAGCCUAUCUAAGACACGUCCCUAUUCUCAGAACGCGAACCUUCCUUUUGAUUCAAGAGUGAAAGGCUCGUUUCGGCCAUGACAACGUUCUGACAGCCUUAAGCCUCCGCAUGCGAUUCCUUCGAAGUGACUUUCAUUCUUUUCUGCAGAAUGGAUUUCGUUGCUUCCUGCUGUCAGGAGCAACAAACGCGGCUGUAUUCAGUUUAGCUACCCUGUAUCUCGUUGCAACGCUAGCUGUACCUAAUAGGUACGUUAGUUACUAAGCGACCGGUCGCGGUCCAGGCAGAUUGGAGCCAUGGCGUCCACGCGCCGCGUGGGCCGAGCCAACCGAAUCGGCCGAGUCAACCGACCAAACCGAGUCAGCGCCUUUUUCAUGAUGCUCGUUGCAUCGCUGCUCUGCAGAGCAGCCGGCGGGAAUUUUAGACCGUCGGAUCUAGUCAACGUCGUUCCAGUGACGUCUAAGAGAUACAUGGUUAGCAGCAGCUCUCAGAACCAGGCCGCUUCUCGAAGCUCCUCAGGCAUCGUCGCGACGCGCCGCACCAGCUUGACUCCCCAGCCAACCAGUCCACCGUUCUCCACCGAGAGAAGCAAUCCCACCGAAUCCCAGAGUAGUAGUAGUUCAGUUAAAUCGCAGACAGUCGCACAGCCGCUAUCCGCGGCGCCUCGCCAAUCGACGGUGAUGGCGGCGGCCGACGCGACGAGGCGGUCGCGGGAGCUCCGAAUCGCGCGAACCUUCGCAUGGCAAUGGAAUCGAUGGAAUCGCCGCAAGGCGCUGCCGAUUCGGUACCACGGCGGGUGGGUGAUGGCGAAGAUACCGAUCAAGGUGUUUAUCAUCUACUACGGCUCCUGGUCCAUGGCGGAAGUCAACAUCGUCGAGAAUUUCGUCUACUCGCUCUCCAACAACAACACCACGCCCAAGGACUCCAAGGCGGUGUCGGCGUGGCAGUGGUGGCGGAUCGCCACGUGGUACACGAUGAAGAAGGGCGGCCAGACGCACGUCGUGUCGUCACAGGUCCAGUUCCGCAAGCGAGUUUUCGACAAGUACUCGCUCGGGAAGGUGAUCACGGACGACCUGGGGGGCGUCUGGCAAAUAAUCGACCAGCAAUUGCGCACCCAAGCCCUCCCCAUCGACAGCUCAGCGCAGUACCUCGUGCUGACCAGCGCUGACGUGUCACUGGGCGACCCGGAGAAGGGUUUUUGCGGGCGGUCCGGUUACUGUGGCUUCCACUCGUUUGCGACGGACGGCGUCAGCUACAUCAAAUAUGGAUUUAUCGGGAAUGGAGACAAGUGUGGAACCAGAUGCGUGCGCGCCGGAGGCAGAAAGAAAACGCCAAACGGCAAGCGGGGGGUGGACGGCAUGAUCAGCAUCAUCGCCCACGAGAUGGUCGAGACCGCCACCAACCCGCGCAUCGGGGGCGGGUGGUACGACGCGCUGGGCGCAGAGUGCAGCGACAAGUGCAUGACGGACUUCGGCCCGUCGGUGGUGGUGGGGGACAUGUACAACUACAACAUGGUGGGGCAGAGCGGCAUGCAGUGGCUGGUGGAGAGCAACUGGCGACCCGUGGAGCCGCAGGGGUGUGUCAUGGCGCGGUACUGAGGUGCAAUCACCCGUUGCUGCGUACUGACCGACUGAACGCAUAGUGGUGGUGGGGGACCUGUACGUUUACAGCAUGGUGGGGCAGAGCGGCAUGCAAUGGCUUGUGGAGAGCAACUGGCGACCCGUGGAGCCACAAGGAUGUGUCAUGGCAGGGUAUUGAGGUGCAAUGACGUUGCUGCGUACUGACCAACUCGAGGCGUCGUGGUGGGGGACAGAGACAGCCAUAACAUGGUGGGGCAGAGCGGCAUGCAGUGGCUGGUGGAGAGCAACUGGCGACCCGCUGAGCCACAGGGGCGAGUCAUGGCGCGGUUUUGAGGUGACUUUUGAGUGCCAUGACACGCCCCUGUGGCUCGGGCGCGGUUUUGAGAUGGCACUGAGAGAAGGUGCAGUGAUGUCUUGCUGCAGCCACUAGCCAGCUCAGGAGGGAUAGGGAAGACAGGUGCCGGUGCAUGAGCAGCCUGGUAGGGCAGGGCGGCGUUUGAGUGGACUCAAACAUCGACUCGGGAGGAAUAGGGGAGACAGGUGCGGCAUGGUGGGGCACGGCGGCAUGCACUGGCUUGUGGAGAGCAACUGGCGGCCCGUGGAGCUGCAGGGGUGUGUGUGUCGUGGGGCAGUACUGAGAGAAGGUGCAGUGAUAUUAUGCUGUGAUUGCUGGCUGGCUAGAGGCGUGGAGUCGCAGGGAUGUGCCACGGUCCGGAACUGGGAGAAUAGCACAGUACCAAGGGGGCAGAGCGAUGGUGUCUAGUUGCAAAUACUAACCUAGUUCAGACAUAGAGGAGACGUGUAUUGAAACAGCCCAGUGAGGGGGGGCGGCUGCAGUGGCUGGUGGAAAGCAGCUGCAGCAGGUGGACCACAGGGGUGAUAACACCGCAAUACCGAAUCAUUGCAACAUGGAGGCGAUGUGGAAUUCUGGGUUGUGCCAGGUGCAAUAGUUUGGCCGGCUGGUGGUGGCCCACGGGGUGGGCAAGGGAGCGAGCAGGGUAGCUGAUAACCUGCUUGGCUGGAAGGUCUGGCAACACACUGACAGAACACUUGACAGGGUAAGCUUGACUAGAAACGCUCACUAACUCUUAAAGCCCGUGGCUAUAGUAGCAAACAAGAGGGUUGUUCAAUUUCCUCUUGAACUUGGGACAUGGCUUAAUUUUUAGAGUAACGAAACAGAGUAAAAACAUUUCGCUUUGCAUAGCGGAAUCUGACCGUGACGGUUUGGCGAUACUUCUGCACUAAAUCAUUCGGUGAAUAGUGCAAUAC